AUGAGCGCGAUCCUGUCGGCCGACGAUUUGAACGAUUUCAUUUCGCCAGGAGUUGCAUGUAUCAAACCUGUGGAAUCGCUUCCGAAGGCAAAGGAACCUCAGAAUCCUUACGAAGUGACAACAGAAGACAAAGUCGAACCAGAAAACCUUCCUCCGGCGCAGAUCUCCUUGACGGACUGUCUUGCUUGCUCUGGCUGUGUGACCUCGGCGGAGGCGGUCUUGAUCUCGCUACAGUCUCACACGGAAGUUCUCAACACCCUUGACGCAUACCCGGAAAUCCCAUUGACCCAGUCACAUCAUGGGACAACAGUUGGACCUGCGGGGCCAGGGAAAGGCAAGAUCUUUGUUGCAAGUGUGAGCCCGCAGGUCCGGGCGAGCUUGGCUGCAACAUAUGGAAUCUCGGACAAGAAAGCGGGGUAUAUGAUCGACCAGUUUUUGCGUGGCCCCCAGGGAUUGCGAAGUGGCGGGAAGCAAGGCAGUGCCUUUACAUGGGUGGUGGACACAAAUGCUAUGCGAGAGGCAGUAUUGGUUCUCACAGCCGAUGAAGUGUCUGAGUCACUUGCAAGUACAAAUGAGGGCCAAGAUUCGCCUCCUAAGCGGCCAAUCCUGUCAUCUGCCUGCCCCGGUUGGAUUUGCUACGCUGAAAAGACCCAUCCAUUCGUUCUUCCGCAUCUGUCUCAGCUCAAAUCCCCCCAAGCGAUGUCUGGGACAUUCCUUAAAACAGUCCUGAGCAAAUCGCUUGGAGUUCCGCCGUCUCAGAUCUGGCAUCUAGCGGUCAUGCCUUGCUUCGACAAGAAAUUGGAGGCUAGUCGUGAGGAGCUCACAGAUGUCUCCUGGCAAGAAGGUCUAGGGCAAAACAUCACUGAACCGUAUGAUCCUGUUCGAGAUGUGGAUUGUGUUAUCACUUCUCGUGAACUUCUCUCCUUGGCCUCAUCACGGGGGCUUUCGCUUCCAGACCUGCCUCUUCAACCGCUUCCUCCAGCAUACUCUCCUUCAUUCCCAGAAAAGACCCUAGAGUCAUUCAUCUCCUUCCAAAUUUCUCCUGCGGAACAGUCUCUUGCGACAGGUACCUCCGGAGGUUAUUUACACCAUGUGCUUACGACUUUUCAAGCCCGAAACCCGGGGAGUGACCUUAUCACAAAUCGUGGACGCAAUGCAGACGUUGUCGAGUACGUUCUCAUGUCUAAUGAAGGGCAACCUAUUAUGAAGGCGGCCCGGUACUACGGUUUCCGCAACAUCCAGAACCUUGUUCGGAAAUUAAAACCGGCACGCGCAUCUCGAAUGCCCGGUGCUAAACCUAUGGCCAGGCCCAUGGCAGGUCGUCGCCAGCCUUUGUCUCGUAAUGCCGCAGCAGGAACCAAUUCAGGCUCCGAUUAUGCUUAUGUGGAAGUCAUGGCAUGUCCUGGUGGUUGUACGAAUGGUGGUGGGCAAAUUCGAGUCGAAGAUGCCCGAGAAGCUACCGAGCCCACUCAGCCUGUUGAUGCAGUUUCAUCUGAAGCAUCAAAGCCAUCUCCCCAUGAACAACGGGCCUGGCUUGCCCGUGUAGAUGAGGCCUACUUCUCAAUGGAAUCCGACUCGGAAACUGAAUUGGAUGAUACAUCUCGGCCUCUGUCUAUUGUGGACAAAGAGAUUCAGGUCCAUGAAAAUUUGCAAAGAUGGUCACAGUACAUGGGUAUCCCACUAUCUAAGCUUGCUUAUACAACUUACCGCAAGGUCGAAAGUGAUGUUGGCAAAGAACAGGUCCCUCCCGAUGAAACCACCCGAGUGGUUGAACUUGCUGGAAAGAUUGGUGGUGGAUGGUAA